AUGGAGAAGAAUCACAAGGAUUGUUCCGUGAAGGUAGACGAACUUGUUGAGAAGCAUACAUGGAUAGCAUCUGAAAAGCAACUUUUCGGAAAAAGAGGGACAAAUUAUGAUUUUGAAUCCUGUGAUCCUUUUGUAGCUAGAGAAAAACUUGAAAAGGCUCCUGUCAGAUCAAUCAAGGUUGAUGCAGCUCUUGAUCUAAGUCACACAGAGAACAUAGGAAGGAUGAUAAAACCUCAUUUCCCUCAUUCGCAGGUCGAAAUCUCAAAUCUCAACCCUCGAUGUUGUUGA